AUGUCCUGCUACGACCAGUGCGUGCCACGCCUGCAGUGUCGGCCCUGCGGCCCCACCCCUCUGGCCAACAGCUGCAACGAGCCCUGCGUCAGGCAGUGCCAGGACUCCAACGUCGUCAUCCAGCCCUCUCCCGUGGUGGUGACCCUGCCCGGACCCAUCCUCAGCUCCUUCCCGCAGAGCACCGCCGUCGGAUCCUCCACCUCCGCUGCCGUUGGCAGCAUCCUCAGCUCUGAGGGUGUGCCCAUCUCCUCUGGAGGCUUUGGCUUCUCCGGCUUCGGCAGCAGCUUCAGUGGCAGAUGCUUCCCCUGCUAAAGCUGCUGGCCAUGGCCCCGGAGAAAGACCUCCAUAGUCCAUGAAGUUUGAAGAAGACCUGAGAGAGAGCACCGGGGCAAAUCUCAUCUCUCAGAAAACAUGCUGCAUGACUUCUUUUCCCCUCUUCCAUCAUUUUUUCUUUUUUUUUCCCUUGUUGUUCCUUCCUGCUCUCUGUCAACUUUCCUGGACUGUGACUGCCAUUGAAUCAGCCUCGGAAUGUCCAACUGGCCCUGUGCCAUCCACGCAAAGGGCAGAUGCAGAGCUGGAGGCAUGGCUGCCAUGAUCAUGCCGCUCAGAAUCUCCUCUG